AUGAACGUGAGAAAGCUUCAGACUGCAAAGGCCAAAAGGCCGCUAGCGGCUUUUGCAGAAAGCAGCGACGAGGAAGAAGCUCCUCCUGCUCUUAAGGUUACUCCAAAGUUCAAGAUACCGAGGGUGACCGCACCCAAGAAGCCCGAUAUCGCGGAAGAUUCGUCGGCUUAUUUAUACGACGAGGUGUAUGACUCUAUAAAGAAGGACGACCCCCAAAAUCAACGGAAGAAAGCCGAGAAGGGCGCGAUAUACAUGGAUAAGCUCUUGAAGGCCAAGGAACAGCGACAGAGAGACAGGCUCACGGUGGAGAAUUUGAAGGUGGCAAAGGAGAGAGAAGCCGAGGGUGACUCUUUUGACGAUAAAGAGUCCUUUUUGACGUCUUCGUACAAGAAAUACAAAGACGAGGUGGAGCAAACAUUGGCACAAGAAGCUGCGGAAACACGCUCGGGCGUCGGACAGCUGGUGCAGAGAAUUAUGCAACGAGGAGGUGAUGUGACGGCUCCGAAUGUAUCUUCUGGAAAGGUUUCAGAGCAUUCUGAGACACCAGCAGCCACUGAGGUCAAUCCUGCCGAAGGACAGGAGCUGCAAGAGGAGCCGUUAAAGUUGUCUGGCGGCCUAAAUAUUAUGAAAAAGCCUACUCAGAAGCUCAGGCAAGAAGAUGUUUUGGAUAAGAACUCCAAAAAGCAUCCAGAGAGCCACGAGGAGAAAGUGAUACGGUUCCUACUGAAGCACAGGACUACAGAAGAGCAGAUACAACAGGCCAGAGACAGGUUCCUAGAGCGCAGAGCCAACAGAUAA